UGGUCCCUAAACAUUCAGUGACUAUCAGUCACGGUGAGAUGGAGUGGAGUUUGCAAGUCUCUGAGUCCUGUCUGGGCAGAGCAGAUUGCAGAUAAACUUUGGGAAGAACCAAGUCAUCCCUAGACCACCAGGCCACGCCUCCUACUGUCCAGAUCCCAGCCAAUGAAUAUGGGCACGCCCACCUCACUAUUACAUAUGUAUGACCCUGGCUGGCCUCCUGGCUUCUUUUCUGCCCCAACACCAGAUGCAAGCUGGCUUUUGCUCCUGCUUCUGAGGGAGGAGAGCAGAUCAACUCUGCAGGCCCCUUUCGGAAAGCUCAUUCAGAACAGACCCCUGCCUGCAGGCUCCCAGCAUCCCAGCUCCCUGGCUAUCCCCAGGGACCACUGGCAGCAGACCAGGCCUCAUGAAAACCUCAAAGGCAUCCCAGCGCUACAGAAGCAUCCGGAGAAACGCCAGCCAGUGCUACCUCUACCAGGACUCUCUGCUGCUUGGUAACUCGGAUGACAGCUUUAAUGCUGAUGAAACGGGGGACAGCAAUGAUCCGGAACAAAUCUUCCAGAAUAUACAGUUCCAGAAAGACCUCAUGGCAAAUAUCCGCUGCAGACCCUGGACCAUGGGACAGAAGCUGCGGGCACUGAGACGAGCAAAGGAGAUUGUACUGAAGUUUGAAGGGAGGUUGACUAGGACCCGAGGCUACCAAGCAGCAGGAGCAGAGCUCUGGCGGAAAUUCGCUCGUUUGGCCUGUAACUUUGUGGUCAUCUUCAUUCCCUGGGAAAUGAGGAUAAAGAAAAUUGAGAGUCACUUCGGAUCUGGCGUGGCCUCCUACUUCAUCUUCCUGAGGUGGUUGUUCGGAAUUAACAUAGUGCUCAUGAUGAUGACAGGUGCUUUUGUUGUCAUUCCUGAGCUGAUUGCAGGCCAGCCCUUUGGAAGUACAGCCAGCAAGACCAUCCCCCAGGAGCAGGUCAUGUCUGCACAGGAUCUGGACACUGUCUGGUCCCUGGGGGGUUACCUUCAGUACUCUGUCCUGUUCUACGGGUACUAUGGAAGAGAGAGGAGGAUUGGGAGAGCCGGCUACCGCCUGCCCUUGGCAUAUUUCCUGGUGGGGAUGGCAGUGUUUGCUUACAGCUUCAUCAUUCUCUUAAAAAAAAUGGCUAAGAACUCCCGUACCAGCCUGGCCAGUGCUUCCAACGAAAACUACACCUUCUGCUGGCGGGUAUUUUGUGCCUGGGAUUACCUCAUUGGGAACCCGGAGGCUGCAGAGAGCAAAACAGCCGCCAUCGUGAACAGCAUUAAGGAGGCCAUACUGGAAGAGCAAGAAAAGAAAAAAAACAAAAACAUGGCGGUGACUGUCUGCCUGAGAAUCAUCGCCAACAUCCUGGUGCUCCUGUCGCUGGCUGGGAGCAUCUAUCUCAUCUACUUUGUGGUGGACAGGUCCCAGAAGCUGGAGCAGUCGAAGAAGGAGCUGACACUUUGGGAGAAGAACGAGGUGAGUGUGGUGGUCUCCCUUGUCACCAUGCUAGCACCGUCUGCCUUUGACCUCAUCGCUGCCUUGGAGAUGUACCACCCACGGACAACACUGCGCUUCCAGUUAGCAAGGGUCCUGGUACUGUACCUAGGAAAUCUCUACAGCUUGAUCAUUGCUCUUCUGGACAAAGUGAACAGCAUGAACAUUGAGGAAGCUGCCACCAAAAACAUCACAAGCCAUUGGGCAGAUCCUUCCCCCUUCUCUGGCACCAGAACAGUGCCUGAAGAAGGGCAAUGGCCCACACCUGGGGCAGGAACGGAGCUCCGGAGAAACACCAGCACGUGGGGCUUGGAAGAGACAAGCAUUCUGACUACUAUUACACCACACACAAAGGCCAACAAGACAGUGCCCUACAUGCAGGGACCGCAAGGACAGUGCUGGGAGACAUAUGUUGGCCAGGAGAUGCUAAAGCUGUCUGUCAUUGACAUGCUCUUCACGGUGGCCAGCAUCCUCCUCAUAGACUUCUUCCGAGGACUUUUCGUUCGCUACCUAAGUGACUAUUGGUGUUGGGACCUUGAAAGCAAGUUUCCUGAGUAUGGGGAAUUCAAGAUUGCUGAGAAUGUGCUGCACCUAGUCUACAAUCAAGGCAUGAUUUGGAUGGGGGCCUUCUUCUCCCCAUGUCUACCAGCCUUCAAUGUUCUCAAGCUCAUUGGGCUGAUGUACCUGAGGAGCUGGGCUGUGCUGACCUGCAACGUACCCCACCAGCAAGUGUUUCGAGCCUCCAGAUCCAACAACUUCUACCUGGCAAUGCUCCUAUUCAUGCUGUUCCUCUGCAUGCUGCCGACCAUCUUUGCCAUUGUCCACUACAAGCCAUCUCUGAACUGUGGCCCCUUCAGUGGACAAGAGAAGAUCUAUGACAUCGUCUCAGAGACUAUAGAGAAUGACUUCCCCGCAUGGUUUCACGUUGUGGUUGGACACAUCAGCAGCCCUGUGGUGAUACUUCCAGCCGUGCUGCUUCUGUUCAUGCUCAUCUACUACCUUCAGAGCAUCGCAAGAUCACUGAAGCUCAGCAGCCAGCAACUCAGGAUGCAGAUCCAAAACGCAAGAGCUGAAGAUAAGAAAAAGGUUGCCCAAAUGGUAGAGGCUCGAAUCCAGACCCACGAAGAGAGCACCAAGAGACUUCUAAAGGAUGGUGACCUCAUCAGCCAGCUGUCCUCAGCAUUCAUGGCAACACCCCAAAACAACGGCAACAUGGUCAACUUUGACUCGCUGAGUAGCAAGAGCCUCAGGAUGGAGACGGUCACAAGGUCCCUGCCCCAGAGUCCUGGGCAAGGGUCCAGGGGCCUCUGCUCUCCUCUUCCAGGUGGAUCUAGAUCAAAGCCAGAGCAGGAUGCCAGUAGGUAUCCACAUGGGCCAUGUGCCAGCACAGGCAACCUCCACAAGAACAGAUCCUACGCAUCUGUGACACAGACACAGCCCCUCAAGGAUGUUCGCUCAGAGCCUCUUUCCCGAAAAGACUUUCAGCCAAUCAGGCCUCGUUUCUGUGGACCCAGGGUCUCUGCCUUGAUGACGCCUGGCCACAGACUCCGUGCUCCCAGAUACUAUGUUGUGAAUGAACGUGACUGUCACAAAAAGACCCACCCAACUUUCUGGCCAGAAAGACAUUUCAAGAUAGAUGCUUUAGGUGACAUUGUAGAGCUGUACCCCAGGAAUGUGCAGCAGUAUGUGUCCUGGGCCCCCCACCAGCCUUGCUCACCACAACUGAGUGAAGAAGAGGAGGAGAUGCUGAGGACAGAUUUGGUCCAAUGGUCCAUCCCCCCUGGCUCCCUGACGGACCUCCCUCGGCCUCCUCGUUUUUACAUGGGUGACAGAUCAGAAAGUGACACCAGAGACCCUGAGUACCAGCGAAGGAUGUACUACAGAUCUGGGGACAACAGUUUUGAGGGCCAGCCUGAGAGGCCCACAUUUGUUCACAAAAAGCCACGAUCCAGGAAUGUCCAGUACCCGCAGCAUCCUCCGAAACCCAGGGUCAAAACCAAGUUCGAGCCAUCCUUCACGGAAUCUGAUUCUGUAUCAGCGGCAUCCAGCAGCGACCAGCAGAACAGCAACAAUGACCAACACCUGCAGGUCAUGUCCAGCCAGGGCAGAUUCCCGGGGUCUGCCAGCCAGCUGGGCAGGAGGAAGGCAAAGUCCAAGCAGGCACUGCCCACAGAUCUGAAUGACCUAAUUUGUUCAAAUGUCUAAGCUUCUUUCAAUUCCCUUCCUAAAGACUGGACAUCUUUGGAAGAGUUGGGAGCACACAGUCCCACCCUUUCUGGAAGAGAAACCAGCUCUGGGGAUGUUAGAGAUCUGUGGAGCUUUUUCAGGCUUAUGUGCCACUGCUGUCUGAGGCUCUGAGACCCUGGGGCUGUCACUUCCCAUUCACAGCAAUGGUGUGUGAGUGGCAAUUCCUGGUGUUUCCUUAUGCCCAGCACAUACAUCACCACAUCAGGCUGUCCUUUCAAGAAAACAUCAGGCCUUUGAUAACAUUCAGGGUGGCUGGCCAUGCGCACCAGCAAGCUAGACAUCUCAUCAGGACUGCAAACACCAACCUCGACACUCUGUUUAUCUUCAAUGAUAUGAGUGAGUGCUUUGCACUGUGGUAUUUGAACAUACAAGUAUCGAAACUCUGUAGUGAGCACCCAAACUCAGGCAGCCACCCUUGAGAGUUCACAGUAUUUAGUUUAUGAGGACUAAUAUAUCAGUUUAGUAGUGGCCACUGUAGUGCACUGCAAUCUUAUUUAACUCUGUAUUAAUCAGGACACAGAUUAGACAUGACCCCAAAUUUACACCUGGGGUUUCCUGGUUCACUUCACUGAGAAGGAUGGGGACUGAGACUCAGUACCAUGUUCAGCUGGAACCAAGGCUCAAACAUCCCCAAGAACACCUGUCUUCUCAGCUCUUGGCUGUUUCCGUGUUUGCUGACCUUGUUCUCUCCCACGGCCAAUAGUCCUCCAGGUAGGAGGUGAAGAAUUCACAGCCACAGAGACGCCAGGCUUCUAGCCUCCACGCAACAGGCCCAAAGGAAAGGAGCAGCGCGGACAUUACCUGCUUCCCACUGUGUCUGCUCUCAAGAAGUGGUUCUCUGGAUCCUCUGGCUGGCCUUGUGCAGGGCUUGGCAGCUCUGCAUGCUCUACCCCAUGGUAACCAGCUUUUUAGAAGCUCUGACUUCUAACAUUUCUGUCUCCUCUACUAUACUCUUGAGUGUCUUUGGAAUGAAAAUGGCACCAUGGUUCGACAGUCCCAGUAACGGACAGACAAUAGAUACCACAUGUGUUUUCCAGCACUGUCUCAUUGGAAUAACAGUGGGGACUCUCCCAAGAUUGAAAUUCUCUGGAAACAGAGAGCAUCGCAUUGGCGAUACAAUAGCAUUGUAAGCCAUGGGCAUAUGCAAAAUCUGGAGCAAGGAAAAGGUUUCACAAGCAAAUGAACUUUGCAUCAGCUGUUUCAGUCAACUCCCUGCGUCGGCAAGAUCAACAGAAAGGGUGGCACCAGCCCAAGGUCAGAGGGGUGUCCUUGCAGAGGUACUGUCUGUACAAAUUGGGGUGGCCUUAGUGCCAGGUUGUGGUCCGGCCAAAUUUUGCGGUCAUCGUCUGUUAUCCGGAGCACAUGCACCAAUCUUCCCACUUAACAAGCCCCAUGCUUCAUUUACUUUCUUGUCAGGGCUCGGACACAAGCAACCCCAUCUUGAUUUUUCUGAUUUUCACCCCACAAUACCAAACUGAGUGGCUUCCUAGGGUGCACACUCACCACCCUGCGGUUCCCAUGGCUUAGGAGCGCAGACACAGCUGAGUCUCAUCAGACAGCAGCUGAGGCAUCAGCAAGAACUGACAUCUCAUCAAAGAUCCCAGGCCCUCUCCCAGUCUCAUGUGGCUCUUGGUCAAAUGUCCAGGCCUUGAGGUUCUAGAGGCUUCCUGCAUGUCCCGGCUGCACAACACUCUACACGGCAUGCCUGGUGGACCUUCACUGGCAACUGAGUGUGGCUAUUUGGCUUUCAGUCCCUUUUGGCAGGGAAGACAUGGGCCCUCUUUCAAUAAGUCCCUUGAGUAGGCCAGGGCCACCCAGAAAACCCUUCCUUCUGAUUCCUAAAAGUUGGCUCAUGGGAGAUCUUAAUUACAACAUCAAAAUCAUUUCACCUUUACUGUAUAUCAUAACCCAGCCAUGGGGCGAAAUUCCAUACUAUUCAGGACAUUCCACAAGCCAUCCAUUCCCUGGAAGCAGGAAUCCUGGAGGUCUGCACAAAUGCUUAAUACCUAGCUAGAUGUAAAUGGAUGGAUGAAUUAAUGAAUAGACCAUACUAAUAACUGAAUCACAUAUGACAAGGCAGCUGGAUUAGAGGCCAAGAUAACUCCCAAUUCUAACCAGGAAAGUUUGUAUAAAUAUUGCUGUUUGUAAAGUCCACACAGAUAAUCCCCCUCACAGAACUCCUGAGGAGGAGUGCACAGGUUUUCAAAUGCUAUGCCAUGCUGCCUCUAGGGUCGAUGGUCCAGACUUAGUGUUCUGCAGUGUCUGGGAUGUCCUUCAGUGACAGAGGUACCCACAGCAGUGUCAUAGUGAGGAGGCCUCCUACCCCAGAUUCUGGGGUUAGGGCUGAGACUAGAGUUCCCUGGGACAUGGAAUUAGGUUAGGAAAAUCAGACCUACCUCCAGACACCUGCAGGAGCAGCAGCUUGUGUGGCAAGGGGAGGAGGGAACAUGAGCAGACCUUGGAGCAUACCAAGGAAACAGAGUCAUCUAGUCACAUACUCAGGGCUGAAGUGUGAGUUCAGAGCAGGCGUAUAAGGCUCCUUGUAUGGGGUGAUUCCCACUUAGAGAACUUUAGGACACACAAUAAUACAAAAGUGAGUGUGAUGAGCACCCAUAUUCCCCUUGUAAGGGUCAUCAAUGGUUUGUAUUUUGUUUCCAUGGAGUCUUUUAGUCUUAGAAAUAAAGAAAACACUAUAGAGCUGACUUGGAAGACUGAUGCAGGAGGCCUGAACCACAAGUUCAAGGUCAGCCUGAGCUACAUGGUGCCAGGCUAACUUGGACUGCACAAGAAUACUCAGGAGAGGGGCGGUGGGAAAAGAGAGAGAAAAAAUCAGAUUAUUCUUUAGCCUCACACUAGAAGUUUUUCCUUUCACACUUCAUGAACUCAGUGUAUAUCCAAUCAGUAGACUGUCAUAUUUAUAGACAUUGUAUGUGUGAAUAUAUGUAUAUAAGCAUCUAUAAGCAAUAUAUCUCUUAAGUCAAUGCUAUUAUCCUAGAUCUAUCACUAUAUUUAUUUGUAUUUUGAAAUCUAUUAUAGAAAUAAGCACAGAUGAAACUCCCUAUGACAUAUGUUUAGCAUUUCAUUAUUUGGAUAAACUACCUAACAUCUCUUCCUUUUCUUCACAAAGGGUAUUGAAAUAAUUUCUGUAUCUUCCCUAUUAAAAAGGUAUAAUAAACUGCUUCUGUAUA